UGCGGGGGGUGGAGCUGGGCUGCGGGACGGGAUUCACUCAGGCCGGGCGUUGCUCCGCGCACAGGGUCAGGCGAGCGCGGCACAGCAGGCGGGACAUGACGGACACCUUGGUGCCCCGGGGCUGCCGGGCGGCGCGGCAAGCGGAGGGCAGCUAUUUCCGAAAGGGAUGUAACCCCUUGGCUGAGACUGGCCGAAGCAAACUGCAAAAUCAAAGAGCUGCUCUAAACCAACAGAUCCUGAAAGCAGUAAGGUUGAGAACUGGUGCUGAAAAUCUUCUACGAGCAACCACCAACAACAAAGUGCGAGAGCAGGCACUUCUUGAACUGAGUUUUGUAAACUCAGACCUGCAAAUCUUAAAGGAGGAAUUAGAAGGACUUAAUAUAUCAGUGGAAGUUUAUCAGAAUACAGAAGAGACUUUUAGCAUUCCCCUGAUACCACUUGGCCUGAAGGAGACUAAAGAAGGGGACUUAACAAUCCCUCUUAAGGACUUUAUCCUGGAACAUUACAGUGAAGACAGUUCUGAUUAUGAAGAUGAAAUAGCUGAUCUUAUGGAUUUGAGACAAGCCUGCCGUACUCCCAGCAGAGAUGAAUCUGGCAUUGAGAUGUUGAUGAGCUAUUUCAUUCAACUUGGCUUUGUAGAGAACAGAUUUUUUCCACCUACCAGACAUAUGGGGAUUUUAUUUACCUGGUAUGAUUCCUUCACAGGUGUCCCUGUCUGUCAGCAGAAUUUGUUACUAGAAAAAGCCAGUAUUUUAUUUAAUAUUGGAGCCCUCUACACACAGAUUGGUACAAGAUGUAAUCGGCAGACCAAGCCCGGACUUGAAAAUGCUGUUGAUGCUUUUCAGAGAGCUGCAGGUAUUUUAAACUACCUAAAGGAAACAUUUACUCACACACCAAGUUAUGACAUGAGCCCGGCCAUGCUGAGUGUACUGGUCAAAAUGAUGCUUGCUCAAGCUCAAGAGUGUGUCUUUGAGCAGAUCAGUCUACCUGGAAUACGAAAUGAAUUUUUCACACUAGUGAAGAUGGCUCAGGAAGUUGCUAAGGUUGGAGAGGUUUACACGCUUGUUCACACUGCAAUGAAUCAGGCACCAGUCAAGGCGAACGUCCCUUAUACCUGGUCAAAUAUGGCAAAAAUAAAAUCAGACCAUUACAAAGCUCUGGCACAUUACUUCGUUGCUACUCUACUGAGUGACCACCAGUUGCAUCCCAGCGAUGAUGAAGACAAACAGGAAAAGGCCUGGUCCCAGCUGCAUGACUACAUGCCAGAAGGAUUGACGUCCCUAGCCAUUUUAAGAGAUAAAGUUCAGCGAAAACGAUUAGGGAAAGCACAUUUACGCAAAGCCAUUGUUUAUCAUGAAGAAGCACUGAGGGUCUGUGGUUUGUGCAAAAAGCUUCGGAAUAUUGACAUUCUUCAGGAGAUUCUGUCAGUUGCUCACAAGCGUUCACUUACUAAGUAUGCUCAGCAUGAACAGGAAGAUGACUUCCUGAGUUUAAUGGAAGCUUCCACUGUCCUUCCUAAAACAGAGCAUAAAGUAGAAAUGAUUGUUCCGCAGUUCUCCAAGGUGAAAGUGAAAGACUUCUUUGAGAGGCUGGGCCCAUUGCCUGUGUUUUCAGCCAAGCAGAGAUGGACAGGCCCACGCACUAUUAAUUUCCAUUAUCAAGAAAGGGGAUUGGGAUUCACUCUUAAAGGAGGCCCACCCGUGCAAGUUCACUGUCUCGAUCCAGAGUGUUCUGCAGCAUUAAAGGGUCUGAAAGAAGGGGACUAUAUUGUUUCAAUUAAUGGCCUGGAUUCCAAAUGGCUGGGAGUGAAUGACGUCUUGGAAAAGUUCAAAAGCAUGGGAGAGAACGAAAUUGAGAUUAAGGUUAUUAGCUGUCAGGAUACGAUGACUUCUGUGCAUAAUAAGAGUGCCACUUACUCUGUGGGAAUGCAAAAGACAUACUCCUUAAUCUGCUUAGCCAUGGAAGAGGAUAAAAUCAACGAGACCAAGAAAGCCACUCCAAAACUGUCCUUUCUAAGUUGGGGAACCAAAAAUAGGCAGAAGGCUGCAAGCACCCUGUGCCUUCCCUAUACUGUAGCUGGAAGUUCUGAGACUAAGAAGAAACUUGAUUCUCGCUUGACAGUCUUGAACAUUGAAAGUUCAUUGUACUGAAUCUUUAAAGAGAAGAAUCUGUUUAAUGUGAAACUAUUUCUAAAUGUAGAAGAAUCUUUGUGGAUGUGCCAGAAAUGUGAAACACACAUGGAAGGGGCUCGAUACUAAUCUUUUAUACCUGUGUAAAAAGAGACUAACUCCACUGACAUGAAGUAGUUACUAUGCAUUUACACCAAUGUAUCUGGAGGCCAAAUGGUGCAAAACUGUAACUUUGAAAACUAA